AUAUAAAUAUGGAAUAAUGAAUCUAAGUCACUAAACUUACAAUUUUUUUCUUCAAAUAUGAUCAAGUAAUGAAAUUUCACUGACACUAUACACAGUAUUGGCGAGGAGUAAUGGUGACUAAACCUAAAAGACUUUACCUAUGCUGACAAAUUUGGCAAUUGCAACGCUUAUACAGACGAAUAUCACCUGACACAUCCAGUGACACCAUAAACACAAUAUUCCAUCACUGAGCUGACACCGCAGUUUACCUUAUCGUGCUAGUGUAUGUAUUGCUUGUUCACGUCAGCAUGAACAAGCUGGUUUUGCAACACUAUGAUUCCAAAACAGUUCAUCGUAACAUGCCUUGUGUUUUGAUAAUAUCACUUUCAGCAGAAUAGAGAGAAACAUUCGACAAUUCUUUGGUUGUUCCGUUUCAUGGCCGGAUAACAAGGUAUGUAUUCCCGGAUGGCAGCAUUCCAUUUACAAAAUUAUCAAUAUCUAUGCCGUAAUGUUGAUCUAACUCGGUCUUCAACACUGUCCAGAUGGUAUGCAGAUUUUCUCAAGGUGCUUAGGCUUCGAGGUGAGUAUUUUUGUUUGUUUCUGAUCAAGCUUCAACAUUUAUGACGUCACGGCCAAGGACUGACGGCUUAGCCAAUGAGCUUCCUUGUUUACACAUGUGACGUAAGCGAUGGCCGACGCAAGUCUUAGCGGACGCUUGAGCCCGUGUGUAGAAGAAAAAGUGGAGAAAGUCGCGCUCCUGCCCGCCACAAGCCUCUCCCACAGCCGUUGGCGCUGGUGAAGUGAUCUUUUGCUUUGCUAUCUCACAACGCAUAUAAUCGACUGACCUGUCACUUUCAGUUGCAACAGGAGAAAGGGUCAAGUGUGGCUAGGCCGUGACGUCAUAAAUUCCGCCCACUGUGAUUGGUUUGAGCAGAGUAAGGGGGCGUGGCUAAGACGAUCCCUACCGUGGUCAGCCACUCAAACCUUUCGUCUUCAGUUGCUGUGGAGGAGUGUAGUGGAGAGGUUGAGUCGACUCGUGCUCUUCUUAAACACGUGACUUGGAACGUUGACAACCUCUCGAGGAUAAGUUCAUCAGUGCAAAAGUGUGUCCGGGGAUUUGAGUGCGCGAGCAACUUGUCCGGGAAGUGUGUUUAGGCGAGGAGACUCCACCAUGACGGACCUUGGCCUGAGCGAGGUGACGGAAUGGUACCGCAACAAGACCAUUUUCAUCACAGGAGGGACGGGCUUCAUGGGGAAGGUCCUCGUCGAGAAAUUGCUCAGGUCGUGCCCCGUCAGGAGGAUUUAUCUCCUCAUGCGGCCCAAGCGAGGGGUGGACGUCAACCAGCGCCUCGACGACAUGUUCAACUACAGGGGCAGCGAAUCCUCUCACGGCUCGUCAAUGAACGGGGCCCGGUUUAACAGGACCACGUUAUUCGACAAAAUCAAGGAGUCGCAGCCGGAGGUUUUGCAGAAGGUCUUCGCGGUGAAGGGCGACAUCACGAUGGAGGGCCUCGGGCUGAGCGACGAGGACGAGGCGCGCUUGGCCGACGAGGUGAACGUCCUCUUCCACGCCGCUGCCACCAUUAACUUCACCGAGCCCAUGCGAGUGGCCGUCAACAUGAACAUGCUGGGCACCAAAAGAGUCGUCAGUCUCGCACGCAAGAUGAGGAACCUACAGGCCCUGGUGCACGUGUCCACUGCCUACGGGAACUGCCACGUGCCCGAAGUGUACGAGGAGCUCUACCCCGCGCCCAUCGACCCCGGCCGCCUCAUCCAGCUGACGGAGUGGCUGGACGACAAGCUCCUGGAGGACAUCACGCCCCGCCUGGUGGAGCCUCGACCCAACACCUACACCUUCACCAAAGCCCUCGCCGAACACCUGCUGGUCAACGACGGGGAGGGGCUGCCAAUCACCAUCAUCCGGCCCUCGAUCGUGUGUGGCUCGUGGAGAGAACCCAUCCCCGGCUGGGUGGACAACCUCUUCGCGUUCACGGGGCUUCUGGUGGGCAUGGGCAAGGGCGUCCUGCGUUCCCUCUACGUCAGCAACGGCAUCAAGCUCGACUUCAUUCCGGUCGACGUCCCCAUCAACCUCAUGAUCGUGUCGGCUUGGAACACGGCCGUCGGCAGAUACAAGCCAGAAAACGUCCCCAUCUACUGCUGCUCCACCGGAACUGACCAGCCCCUGACGAUCGAGGAGCUGGCAGAACACCUGAAGAAGUCGGUGCGCAAAUACCCCUUCAACUACCCCCUGUGGUAUCCGGACGGCUCAGCCAAGAACAUCAAAUUCCUGCAUCAGCUCCACGUCUACGCGGUGAACAUCAUCCCAGCUUACAUCGCCGACACCAUCAUGAGAAUCUUGGGGAGAAAGCCCAUCGCCGUGAAGCUGUGCAACAAGAUGGUCAAGGCCGUGAGCGCCCUGGAGUACUUCAUGCUGCGCGACUGGACCUUCCACACCUCGAAGACCAACGCCCUCUGGCGGUCCCUCAGCCCCACCGACCAGGACAUCUACCACUUCAGCGUCAAGGACCUCGACUGGGACACGUACAUCCAGACGUACCAGAAGGGCUGCAAGCAGUACAUCAUGAAGGAGGAGCUCUCGACCAUCCCCUUCGCCAAGAAGAUGAUGACGCGGAUGCACGUCCUGCACCGCAUCGUCCAGCUGUGCCUCAUGUACGGCGUGUGGUGCCUGCUGUCCACCGACACCGCCUCCGCCUUCUACUCCGCCUGCUUCAACGGCGCCUCCCAGCUGCUGUCCCUCACCCCGGCCUUCGUCGCGGCGGAGGAGGCGGCGGCGACCGGCUCGUAGGGCCUCGCGCAUGUGCCCCAGCUUCCACAACCCAUCAGCCAGUGCCCAGAGGCCCAGUCCAGCCACCACACGCGCAUCCAAGGCCUGUCAGCUGGUGUUGAGGUCGCGGUGAAGUCAUCCAGGAGGUCACUCUCGCUGAGACGCCUCACUGACACUAGCAUCUACCUCGUGAGCUCUGGAGGAGGCGCAGGGGAGGACCUCACCUCAUGCGCCCCAAUCAGUAGGGCAUUUUGCUUGCUACCUUAGUUGGUUCUUCUUAGCGAGUGAUCAGCGAGUGUCUGUAGAUUCAUCCCCAAGAAUUGUACAGGAUUUUUUGAAAGAAAAGGAUAUGAUGUGCUCAUUUUACUUCUUAUGGGAAAAAAAUUUACCAGUAUCGGACUUUACCGUAUCGAGUCGCCUUUAUUCGUCUCCAAAAGGGUUGUAUUUGUUUUCAUAAUUUUGUCUCCAUUGUCUUUUUGGGCACUAACUUUUCCCCGCGAGUUGCACUAGGUCGCUCAACAUCACGUGAACAAGUGCUCAAGUACCAGACUUUUAAGGUAACCCAAGGUAUUCCCUGUAUAAUACCACCUUGUAUAUAGUGUUUUUUCUUUCUUUUUUCUUUUUUAGUGGAAGAUGUUCUGCCCCAAAGACUUAAUGAAUCACAUGCCAUUUUAUCGAUGGACAUACAAUGAAAGACUUUUUAUCACAAAGUAUUUUUUUUAACGUUUGCACACUUCUUUGUUAUAUCACGCUGUUAUGUUUGUUUUUUUGUCAUGAUGGCGGUUACUUGAAAAUAAUAUUUAUAGGUUUAGAUUGUAUUCUAUUGUGACAGUAUAGUGUAAUCUGUAACUGUUGAACAAACUAUUCUCAUCUGCUGACAGAUAAAUUGCCUUCAAUUUUUUUUUUUUUGUACAUUCGUGUUCUCCAUAUUUUUUGUCUUUAUGUCAGUUUUAGUAUAUUGACUAUAUAGUUGUUAGGAAUCACUGCUUAACCUGGAUUGAAAAUGACAGCUUUGUGUGACCCCCUCAGACAUUAGGUUGACAUUUCGAGGGCUGAGAUGUUUAAUGUGAAGGAAAUUUAUGCAUAUUUGGUUCAAAAUUUGAGGGCUAUAAUAUUUGGCAUGAAAGAAUGAUAUUGUGAACUUCAAUGUAGCCGUUUUCUCAUCCCAAUGUACUCAAGUCUCUUGCACUUAUAAAGGGGCUCAUCUAGAAGAUAUAUUGAAAGUGGACCUACGUGUAAGGUUUGUUUAUUGUUUUUUAAUAUAUAUUUUUACGAUGUACAUAGUCCUCUGUAUUUCCAAACUUUGGCAUGCUUUGAAAACACACGAUUAUUCAUUGGCUUGUUGAAGAUUUAGGCAUUCUUUGUAUACAGUUUAGAUAGAAAAUAUGAAGGGUAUUUAACCUGUAAUAUCUACUUUUCAAGCGAGAAUUUCUCUCUCUCUCUCUCUCUCUCUCUCUCUCUCUCUCUCUCUCUCUCUCUCUCUCUCUCUCUCUCUCUCUCUCUCUCUCUCUCUCUCUCUCUCUCUCUCUCUUUCUCUUUCUCUCUCUUUCUUUCCCUCUCUUUCUCUCUUUCUCUCUUUCUCUCUUUCUCUCUCUUUCCCUCUUUCCCCCUCCCCCUCCUUCUCUCUCCUUAAAGACUUGGAAAUUACAUAUUACAUGUGCUCGGUGUUUAAACUUUACAUUACGCACGAGGAAAAAGGCAGUGUUGUUGUAUUGCCGUGUGUAUGAUAGGGUCGACACUCAGGACUCACCUCUCCGUUUUGUUUAUAUAUCCAGGCUCUAGCAGCUCGCUCUCUACCCCUUCUUGAUUUUGAAGGAUUUUUUUUCUCCCUUUUCGUUUUUGUGUGUUUUUUUUUUUUCAAUUUUUAAAUCCAGUAUUCAGACUUGUAUAAGUGACUUCCCAUGUAUUGUCCAUCUCUACUGUUUAGAUUCACUUUAUAGCUAAUUAUGUAUGUUUUUGUUUUUUUUUCUCUCUCUCUCUGUCUGUUCAAAGGGGGGGUGAACAUGUACCUUCACUCUAGCGAGUCAGAUGGUUGUAAACAGUAUUUCGAAUUCACUGGUGUAUUUCAGAUCGAAGAACCAUAUAAAACAGGAUAAAAAAAAAAGCCUCGGUAUUCAACAAAGUGAAUUUAUUUCGCUCUGGAGAAAAUGAUCAAAAUUCGCCGACAAUGAGGACGCCUAUUUACGAAGACUUACUGAUGACUUCAUUAACUAUCAACUCUUUUUAAUAAGUCGUCGAAAGCGCAUUUUCUCGGUUAUCCAGGAGCCAGAGAGCGUCGUAGGCAGUCGAUGAAACGCUGGACUGCACAAUCUACCCACUCGGUGCGCUGUUUAUUCCUGUGUUCUUCAGGUUGUUAGGAAGUCGUCCUCAAGAAUGCCCAAUACACCAGGUUUAUUGAUUAAAAAAAAAAAGGUUAUUCAGCACCUGUUGAGGCUUCGAGGUGCUGUUCGUUGUACAUAGUUUAGAUGAUACUUGUGUAUUCCCAUUUUACAUAUUAUUUUGUACUGUACUAAUUAAUUCCUCUAUUAUAAGGGUAAUUAAUGUGUUUUUUUUCAUUUUAUUAUUUUAGUUUUUCAUUUCCUUUUCGCUAUCUUUUUAUUUUAGUGUUUCAUUUCAUUUAUAUAUAUUUUGCCAUUAUUAUUAUUAUUAUUAUUAUUAUUAUUAUUAUUUCUCUUAGAAACCAUCAUGAGUGUACAUGAUACAUAUCAACCAAAUCCACUUUCAUUAGAGGAUAUAUUUAUAUAUCUAUAUCAUUUUACUCUACCAAUUUUAAUGUACUAAUGAAUUAAAAUUUUAUUACCGUGUUUUAUAAUAAAUUCAUCCCUUAAGGUUCAAUCUGUAUAGUUUACACGUUUUUUUUUUCAAUGAAUUUUUAUGUAAUGUUUGUGAGAUCCGAAAGCCACGUGUCUUUAGAAUGUGACAUUGUACUUGUAUAUUGUAGCUCUGAUUUUCAUUAAAAAAUUAACAAUAUAAUUAAAA